CAGCUCAAGAUCACAUAAGAGGGAGCCAGAGCGGACACGGAGAUACCGCUGAGACGACACGACGACGACGACGACGACGAGAACGCUCCUUUACUGACACUUAAGAACCAAAUUGCCCCAUGGAUCUGAAAAGUUUCUUCUGCCUUAUCCUCCCCACGCUCGCCACCCUCCAGUUGUCCUUGGCGGAGGAUCCCAGUCUGGUGGAAGGGGUGAAGCCACUUAGUGGGGCAGGGCAGAGACCCUUACAAGACAGUGACAGUGCCGCAGACAAAAGGCAGUGGUCUAAUUUCCAUAGUUGGGGCAAACGAUGGGGCAAUUUUGGAACAGCGGGCAAGAAAUGGGCAUCUUCUGACUUUCCUGCCUGGGGAAAACGAUGGUCCGGGUCAUCGUUCACGUCUUGGGGCAAGAGGAACGCAUCUCCAGAGGAACAAAAAAGGAACUGGAACCAGUUUAUCACUUGGGGCAAAAGGAAUUGGCACGCUCUAACUUCGUGGGGCAAACGUUCACAGGAGAAGUCUGAGAAGAAAUGGAACACUCUUCCUACUUGGGGCAAACGGGCAGGCUGGGACAAUGGCUUCGCUUCAUGGGGCAAACGCGACGAGGUCGAUGUCAGGGACCAGUUAAUGAAACUGUUCGAUGAAAGCGGUGAUGGCUUUCUUGACACCAAAGAACUCGGGAACUUUCUGGUUUGGAUGAGUUCACUCAACGACAUGGCAGCACAUCCAUGAAUCAGUCUCGCGAGACCUAGUCCAGUUUGCGAGAGUCUCGUCAGCCAGCCAUAGCUGAAAAACAGUCCCUAACGAUCUCGUUGCGUCAGUCCUCUAUAGAAGUGAACUCUCUCUCAGUCUACAGACUCUAGCGAGUCUAAUCAUUGCUGGAAAGACUCUAUUGUUUAUAUGGUCCAAUCCAAAAACAGCCUGAUCAGCCGCUCGUGACGUCAUCCGACUCCAUCAUUGCCACUGUGAUUCACCUGUGAUACUGCAUAGCCCACGGUUCUCUCCUAAAGAGUUCACUAUAUCAGUCUGUUCUUUGUAAAUGUGCUAUUAUUUCUGAUUUCAAAACCAACUGCGAGCAAUAAAGCAAUAAAGCGUAAGCCUAUUGUAGAGAAAUCGUCAUUAUGUCGUGGUGUGUCGGAAGCACCGAUACAUAAUUAUCAGAUAACGAUGAAGUUAAUUUGCUAUAAUGGAACAUGCAUGUCGCAUCUUGGCCUUUGAAUAUGAAUCGGACUUUUAUGAUAAUAAAUGAAUAGAAAAUGUUUUAUUUUUCUGAAGGGAAUAAAAGUCACAAACACUUA